AUGAACAGAGACUUGGAGUUGGCUAGAUAAGCUUAUAAGGGCAAGAAUGUGGAGAUGACUAAGCAGGCCCAUAAUUACAAUCCUUCAGAACAAUUAUAUACUGAUGUAAAAGUGAAUGAGAAUGACCCAUUAAAAAAGUAAGGUAUUUUGAUAUUAUAGAACAUUCCAUAGAUUCUCAUACAGAGAAGCAUUCAACAGGGGGAAACUAUUUAAGAAGUUCUGUUUUUGGUGGUAUGGAUGGGAUGAUGACAACAUUCUCUGUUGUUACUGCUGUUAUUGGAGUAAAUUGUUUUAUAACAUCUAGGGUAAUUUUGGAGUACAAGCUGUUUUAGCCUUAGGAAUAGCCAAUAUGAUAGGAGAUGGAUUAUCAAUGGCUUUAGGGGAUUAUUUGUCUACAAAAUCAGAAUAAUAAUUUUUUAAGUAGGAGAGAGAAAGAGAAAAAUGGGAAGUUGAAAAUAAUUUGGAAGGAGAGAAAAAGGAGAUGGUUGAAUUAUAUAAAGUAUGAUGGAUAUUUAAAUAUAAGAAAAAAGGAAUGGAAUAAGAAGAUGCAGAAAAAAUAAUGAAUAUUAUAAGCAGACAUAAGGAUGCAUUUAUAGAUAUCAUGAUGUUAGAAGAGUUAGAAUUAGGAGGUGCAGAAGAAAAUCCAUUAAUGAAUGCUUUAGUGACUUUCAUUGCUUUUAUUUUAUUUGGAUUAGUCCCAAGUAUAAGAUGCUAUAAAUAUUAUAAUAGUUAUUCCAAUUAUUGUUGCAGCUAUUGCAGGAUUGACUGAUGGUACAACUAAUACGUUGUUUUAUAUAUCUAUUGCUAUGACUAUUUUAUUCUUAAUAAUAUUAGGAGUUAGCAAAUCAUUCUUCUCAUAUGCAACUUGGUGGAGAUGUGCUGCUGAAACACUUUUCGUAGGUGCUUGUACAGCUAGCUCAAGUUAUUUGAUUGGUAUGGCAUUUGAAGGAUAAGAUAUUAGUUGA